AUGGCCCCUGGACGUAAACAUGAAGUGAAGAGGCGAGAGAGGGUAGAGCUCUACCGCUGCCGCCUGACCCGUGGAGGAAAGAAAGGCCGCGCAAAACUGAAGCUCCUCCCACACACUCCCAGCAAGAGAAACCAAUCCCUUUCCCCGCGUAAACAUUCGUCAAAAUCAUCAGUUCCACAGAGGUCGGCCAGGAGGGAAACAGAAUUUUUUGAAGGAGACGUUGACCACGGUGAAUUCGUAACGUUUGACCUCGGUGGAAUUGGGAAUUCGGGAUCCAAGACUACCCACGAGUACAUGGGUGAGUGGGUUCCAAAGGAGAGGCUGUACCUUCACGAAAUUCUCGACCAAGAAGCUCUUCCUAACCCACUAGAAUGUCAUGGCUGCCAUGGAACGAUCUUAACCGAUGUCUGGCGCUGUAAAGAUUGUCUCGGGAAACCUGUUUACUGCACCGACUGCUGCAGGCAGCUUCAUUCGACCAGCCCCCUCCAUCGUGUUCAGCUCUGGAAGGAUUCACAUUUCCAGCCAUCUUGGCUUUGGAAGUCGGGCGUUCAUGUGUCUCUUUGCAAAUCGGGAACAUGUGCAUCGACUUUAGCACCUGACAUCGAGACUCCAGACCUCGCCGAACAUGCGCAUGUUGAACCGGCGCUUGACUGGACUGAUAAUGAGGACCUUACCUUUGGUGCAAAGCCGAACCAGAGGCUUCAUCCUGGCUCAAAGAUCAUGUGUGUGGUGCAUACCAACGGCGUCCACUACCUUCCCUUCGUGUUCUGUCGCUGUGCCGAAGCACCGUCGGAUGAAGUGCAGUUACUUCGGCAUGGUUUCUAUCCGGCUACCUUCAGAGAUAUCCGGACUGUCUUCACACACGCACUGCUCGAUGACUACCUCUUGGAAAUGCUGGAAUGCUUCACCUCGACUCAUCACUACUAUUCGAAGUUACGACGAGUGACGAACAAAAACUUUCCUCAUUCUGUGCCCGAUCGUACUCGAGAACUGCGGAGGGCUGGGCGCCAAUGGAGGCGCUUGAAAGACUUGAAACGCUUCGGGUUCGGACACACCAGGAAAACUCCCGGGAGGGGGGAGAUGGCAUUGUUCUGUGCGGCAUGCCCUCAGCCAGGAAUAAACCUACCUGAAGACUGGAAGGACGAUCGCGAUGAUUGGAAGUACCAAAGGAGCUUGGUUGCCGAUGGCAACUUUGUUUUGGUUCAUCGGAAACAGAAAAGGCAGGGGGAGGGCGAUGUAUUCCUGAAAAGCGGGGAGGGAUACAUGACUGAGAGAACUCGGUAUAAGGAGCAUCUCAAGGCCGCAGAAGAACGCAAAGAGUCCAAUAGACAAGUCAAUAUGGACUACGGCUUCUGUGAAGCACUCAAGACCACCCAUACUGACGAACUCUCGAAGGUUUUGCUAGUGUAUGACAUCAACUGUCAGUACAGCAAGCACUUAUUUGAACGGAUCGAAGAGGCAGAUCACCUCAGCAUUAACGAGAAGCUGACUGUUAUAUUUGGCAUUGGUCUAUUCCAUGUCCAUGGACACCAGGAUUCGUGUUUCGCUCGAUACGCGCUGACGUUCAUUCGGGGGGCGGGGAUGAGCGCUGGCGAGAUCUUGGAGCCCCUUUGGUCUGUGAUCAAUUUGGCGGCGGGUCCAACAUCUAUGAUGACCUUGGCGCAAAGAGACGAGGCCCUGGAUGACUUCAUUCUGGAUAAUAACUGGAAAAAGCUUUUGGGACUGGUGCCAUCCAUCUGCAAGCGCUGGGAAGCGAGCCGUAUUGAGCUUUCAAUCGCUGAAGAGGAUUUCGAACUGUUGGAUGAAACCGCCUCGGACGCCCAAAGGCGGUGA